AUGAUUCUGAAGGUCUUGAUGUCGUUGUUGUGUCUUCAAUUCAAAUCCGUGAUAUCGUGCAAUGUUCGACCCGAAAUACGAUGUGAAGAUGGUUGGACAUAUUACAAAAGAAAAACAACUGGAUGGUGUAUGAAAGUUGUGGUGACAAAAGAAAUCAUGACACAAACAGAUGGUGCAGCGGCUUGUGCUGAAUUGGGAGCUGUUCUAACAUCAAUCGACAAUUCGGAAAUGAAAGAUGUGAUUAAUAGUUUGAGAGCCGCGAAAAAUGUUCUUAUUAGUGGAAAAACUUGGAUUGGUGGUGAAUUAAAAUCUGAGUGCACAUCUUCUAAUUGUGGAGAGAAAAAUGACAUGGAUCAUUGUAAACUAACUGAAACAUGUGGAAAUAAUCGAUAUGAAUGGACUGAUGGUUUCACAACUUCAUCUUCUAAUCAAUUUCUUAUUGAUGAAAUGACGAAUACAAGUUGGUUGGGCGUCAUGGAGGGUUAUUAUAUACCAGAUCCCAUUAUGAGUAUGUCUAAUACAGGUGAAUAAAACAUACACAAGCUUGAUUGUGAGUAAUUAAUCGUGUUUAGGAUUUGGGAAUUUAGCAUCCCAACCCCCGAAAUCGGCAAUUUGCGGUAAGGAAUCAAUUGAAGAUUCGAGCUAUGAAAGUGAAUCGAUUGAAAUCUUCGGAUUUUAA